GACCUUAUUAUUAGAGUGAUAAAGUUAUCUGACCAUACUUUGGAAACCUUUUUGUGUUCCUUUGAGCCAAACUGAGAAAAGCUCGGAAUUGUUUUUACUGAAAGAAAAUGAAGAUGACAUGGAAGAAGAAACCGAACAAGAGACCUAUUUCCCAAUUUGAAAACCUUCCUUUCGAAGAUGAAAAUAGUAGUGACCAUCAUUCCAAGGAGAAAGUUCCAAGAAACGAAGAAGCAAUAUCGGAGAGUAAUGAUGUUGAUACUGUUGAGUCUUUUCAACAACUAGGAAAUAAACUUGCUGAGGAAGGAAAAUAUAGUGAAGCACUUGGGAAGUGGGAAUCUGCUCUACUUUUGAUGCCAGAUCGUGCCAUUCUACAUGAACAGAAGGCUCAAAUUUUGCUUGAACUUGGAGAAACAUGGAAGGCGCUAAAAGCUGCUACUCGUGCAACUGAGUUGGAACCAAGCUGGGGUGAGGCGUGGGUCACCCUUGGUAGGGCACAGCUGAAUUACGGUGAGCCCGAUAGUGCUAUCGAAAGCUUAGACAGAGCACUAGCCAUCAAGCCCGAUUCUGUAGAGGCGCGUAAUGAUCGACAAGCUGCCUUGCAUCAUAUUCAGAGGAGAAAACAGUUACAGACAUCGGGUUUGAGCAUGAACCAAAACCGCUUUGCUGUAGUGGACAAAACUAAGAGCGCUUGAAGGUUUGAAAACGUAGGGGUAAUCUCAUUACGGAUGCUGCUUUGUUCUGAUAACCUGAUAAGAUCCUGAAGUUAGGGAAUGUCUUCUGUCACAUUUGACUUCGAGUAACCACUUCUCAAAAUGCCGGCGCAGUAAUAGGAGUUGUAUGUGUGCAUAUCAGUGAGGACAGAAUAGCCAGAAGGGUUGACAAUGAUAAAACAGGAUGCCCAACACUUAAAAUGUCUACUUGUAAUAUAGAUGACCUAGAGUUACUUCAUGGCUUCGUUAGUUUGAUAAUUCAGAUUAGUAAAAUCUACAGUUUCUGGUAAGCAAAUCAAGUCAACGACGUUUUUACAUUCAAAAGUGCAUCUGAAAACCGUUAGCCGGUGAAAAGACUUUGUUUUACAAUGGUGAUGGUAAAUGAGUAGUUACUUUGA